UUCGUCACUUCACUUUGUACCGGACGGAGGUUUUGUUCAUUUUGUUUGGUCCUCUGUUGAGUGGUCUGAGUUCAGAAAAACCCUCCUACUCGUCAUGGACUUCCAAGUGGUUGUUCUCGCCGGCGGUACCUCCAACAAACUCCUUCCUCUUGUCUCCCAGGAGGUUCCGAAACCUUUACUUCCCGUGGCGAAUAGGCCAGUUCUAUCUUACGUUCUUGAGUUGUUGGAGCUCAGUAACCUUAAAAAGCUCAUAGUGGUCGUUGAAGGUGAAGAAGCAGCUUUUCAUGUUGGUGGUUGGAUAUCAGGGGCUUAUGUUGAUCGUUUGAAUGUUGAGGUUGCUGCAGUUCCUGAGGAUGUGGGAACAGCUGGUGCAAUUCGGGCUAUUGCACACCACUUAACUGCUAAAGACAUUUUGGUUGUCAGCGGUGAUCUUGUUUGUGAUGUACCUCCUGGUGCCAUCGCUGCUGCUCAUAGAAGACAUGAUGCAGUGUUUACUGCAAUGCUUUGCCCUGCUCCUGUAAGUGGAUCUUCAGAGUCAGGAACCUCUGGUGGGAAAGACAAAACCAAGAAAGUUGGUCGCCAUGACUUAAUUGGGCUGGAUCCCACAAAACAGUUUUUACUGUACAUUUCAACUGGAGCUGAAGUUGAAAAAGAUGUUAGAAUUCAGAAGAGCAUACUUCGUGCAGUUGGUCAGAUGGAAAUAAGAGCUGAUCUUAUGGAUGCCCAUUUGUAUGCAUUCGAGAGAUCAGUUCUACUAGAAGUUUUGGAACAAAAAGCCACAUUUCAUAGCUUAAAGCAGGAUGUAUUGCCUUAUCUAGUCCGGACCCAACUGAGAUCAGAAGUUUUGUUCAAUGGUACACCGCAAACUGAAGAAAAUGGAUCUGAGAGGGUUAUAUCUCAGAGCAAUGAACAAAUGUCAUCUCAAAUCCUUUCUAAUGCAACUCAUCCAACCUUCCAUCAACGACAUGCACCGGGUCCUACCUCUUCUACUUCUGCUGGAAGAAUUCAUAAAUGCUGUGUUUAUAUUGCUGAAAGCAGCAAGUAUUGUGCACGCUUAAAUUCUAUUCAGGCAUACAGUGACAUAAAUCGAGAUGUUAUAGGAGAAGCUGGUCAUUUAUCAGGGUAUUCCUUCUCUGCUCACAACAAUAUUAUCCAUCCUUCUGCAGAACUUGGAGCAAAAACGACCGUAGGACCACACUGUAUGCUGGGUGAAGGUUCACAGAUGAGUGACAAAUGCAGCGUUAAACGGUCUGUUAUUGGUCGUCACUGCCGGAUAGGUGCCAAUGUUAAGAUUGUUAAUUCCAUAGUUAUGAAUCAUGUUACUAUUGGAGAUGGUUGCUCGAUCCAAGGUUCUGUCAUCUGCAGCAAUGUGCAGGUCCAAGAGCGUGUUGUGCUAAAAGAUUGUCAAAUUGGAGCAGGUUUCGUGGUCACUGCGGGGAGUGAGUACAAAGGAGAAGUGUUGGCUAGGAAAUGAAAAUGACAUGUGAAAGUCCGACGGGGGAUCAUGGCAAAUUGAAGUUCGGAGGAAAUUUUUGCAGUCGUUGCUGGAGCCAUGUGCAAUGGCGUGCUCUUGGCAACAACCCAUACAUCAUUGAAUUUUUCAAUUUUUUUCUUCAUUUUUGCUCCUUUGCUUUAUUUUAUUUCCCCCAUCCUGAUUGUAUCUGCAAACACUUGUACUGAACCAGAACAGCUUCAAUCAAUCAUCGUUCAGUAUCUCUUAACAUAAA